AUGGCCGCAUCUGCUAACGUAAAUUAUCGCUUGUUGGCAAGCGUGCGUGAUGAACCAAAACAAAUGUUACAGCCAGUUUCUGGUUAUGAAGACGAGUCGCUAUUAUCGCUGGAAGAGGCCUGCAAGCCUCUGGAAAAAAUACUCGACAAAGAAUUUAAACAAAAUAUGGUAAUUGCAAAAAUGAAUUCGGAAGAACCUGAGAAUGGACUCACUCAAGAUGAAUCCGCCUCAAUUCAUCUAUAUACGAUGGAAUGGAAAAAAAGGGAAAAUAGUCUUUAUGCAAUACUCAAUCGAACUCUUCGGAUGGCAGAUCGAUCAAAACUUCAGCCAUGGUUCAGAUAUUUGAAGCUGUUUCUGACAGCUUUUUUCAAACUACCGCCAAGCGAGCAUCAUAUUAUUUGGCGAGGAGUUCCAGAAGAUCUCAGUGCCCUGUAUCCAAAGGGAAAAAAAUUUGCUUGGUGGGCAGUGAGUUCUUGUACAGCUGCAAUCAGUGUUCUCGAAUCUCCAUUAUAUUUGGGAACAUCAGGAGAACGAACGAUGUUUUCCAUUCAAACCACAAGUGGAAAGUGCAUCAAAGCACACUCAUAUUUUCAACAGGAAGAUGAAAUUCUUCUUGCUCCUGGUCGCUAUUUUGAAGUCAUCGAUAAAUUAAGCUCGGCUGAUGGUCUACAUAUUAUCCAUAUUCGUGAAAUUGCACCACCAUAUCAAAUGCUCGCCGAUCCAUUUGAUCUUAGUCAAUUAGAAAAAAUGUUGCCACAAUCAAAAUCCGCCUCAAAGUCGGAAAAAAGCCAGAAAAUUAAUGAAACACCAAGUGCUGUACCAAAACCAUCAUUGCCAAGUACCGUACCAAAACCGCCAAAACAUAUUGUCGUACCAAAGCCACCAACAUCAACAGCUUCAAAGACCGGCAAGUUUAAACUUCUUAAAUAG